AUGAUCAGAAAUCCAAAUUAUACAAACUUUGUUUGCUGUGCUGUUUGUAAUAAGAUAAUUCCGCCAGCCCCUUUAGGGGAAACCUUCAAACGGAUCCAUGAAUACAAGCCAUUUAAGACACGGUUUUACACUCACAAAGAUAUACUGGAUAUUGGGAAAGAUAUUCUGAAUAAGGAAGAACAGUUUCAAGAGGAUGCACUCAAAGAACGUAUUGCACAGGCAGAAGCUGACAUAUGGGCUAAGGCCGAUGAACGCCAAAGACAAGCAGUGAAGAAAGCCCUCGAAGAAGCAAAUGAUAUGUACAAAAUGCAAAUCCAGUUUCUGAAAGAGGAACAUGAAAAAGAGUUAAAGGAAAUGGCAAUUAGGACCAAGAUGCAAUUGCAUAAAAACGUGGAAGAAGAACUGCAGCGAGAACACUUGGCUGCCGAGCAGCGCAUGGUCCACAGGAUCCAAAGGAUCAUGAUGGAGUGUCACCGCGAGAAGGUCCAGGCUGUGCAGGAAGCGCGAGAGCAGGAGAGGCUCAUUGCCCAGGAAGAGAUCCAGUCUCAGAGAAGAAAGGCCAUGGAGGAAUUUAUGAGUUCUGGUGUCACAGUUGUGAAGGAUCAGAAGAAGAAUGUGAACCAACUGAUAAAGGAAAAACAACAUGAAAUGAACAUCUACUAUUGCAUGACUCAGAGGCAGAAGCAAGAAGAGGUUCAGGAAGUGCUUCAAGAAGCAGAGAAAACACAUCAGGCCAAACUUGGAAAUGUGAUGGACAAACUGGUUAACACUCAGGGGGAGCUGCUGUCCAUAGCAAAGCAACUGGGAAUUAUGACGAAUUGGAAAGACUUCCUGGAGGAAGAGUUACAGGAAACCAGGGCAGCAUUUCAAAAAUACAUCAAUUAUACAUUUCCAAAGCUCUCACCAGGACAUGCAGAUUUUAUUCUGCCAGAAAGAAAGAAAACACCUUCCAAUCUUAUUAUUCCAGAGAACCAAACAACUCCUGAUUAA